AUGUCAGUUCAAGAAAGGACAACAAGAUACAUCUGUAGGAUCUUUUUCUUUUUAUUCUUUUUUUCAGUGUCAUAUAAAACAUUAUUGAAUAUAUAUUUAUACAAUGAAAUUCUUCGAACAAAUGUACAAUGUGUUAAUAUAUAUUCAAGAAGUUUAGGAGAAUUAUUAAAGGAUCCCGAAGAAAGGGAAGAGCCCAUUUUGAAAGUGAGUGAAAAUGAUAAUAUUGAAAGUAAGCAAAAUUUAUAUGAUGAGUAUUAUUAUAAAAAGAAAAUAUUAAUCGAUAAUAUAUGUAAGGAGUACUAUAAAUUAAUGAUUAAAGCCAAAGAAAAUGAAUCUAAUAAGAAUAAUAAUUUUAAUGAUAUUAAGGAAUUUCCUAAAAGCGAUGAACAGAAGGAUAAUUUAUCAAGUAAUGAAAAUUUAGAAGUUCAAGAAGAAAAUUGCAAUACAAUAACUAAAUCACCUUUAGAAAUAGAAAGAGAUAAAUCUGUUGUUGAGUUAUUAUAUGACGACGGGAAUCCGGAAAUAAACUUUUUUACGAACAAAGAUAAUUUAAAAAUAGCUAGGUAUACUUGGAAGGUAGAAAAUCCGAAAGCUUACAUUUUUGCUCUACAUGGUUUAACUACACAUUUGAGAAAUGAAUAUUUAAUUUGUUGUGGUAUGCCUGAAUGGGUUGAAAAAAAUAGAAAGGAAGGUGAAAGUGUUGAUGAGACUGAGUAUAGUAUAGGUAAAAUUUUGGAUUAUUUUAAGGAAUAUAGUAAUGAUAAUAAUAUGUUUAAAAAUUUAUAUGAUAAGAUAGAAAUUAUGAUUAAGGAGAAAUUAUUGUCAACAGAUGAAAAUGAGAUAACAAAUAUUAAUAAAGGAAAUGAUGUAAGUGCAAUAUAUAAUAAUGUGUUUAAAAAUUUAUAUGAUAAGUUUGAAGUUAUUAUUAAGGAGAACUUAUUGACCAAAGACGAAAAUGAGAUAACAAAUAUUAAUAAAGGAAAGGAUAUAAGUGAUAUAUAUAAUAAUGUGUUUAAAAAUUUAUAUGAUAAGUUUGAAGUUAUUAUUAAGGAGAACUUAUUGACCAAAGACGAAAAUGAGAUAACAAAUACUAAUAAAGGAAAGGAUAUAAGUGAUAUAUAUAAUAAUAUGUUCAAAAGUUUAUAUGAUAAAGUUGAAGUUAUUUUUAAGGAGAACCUAUUGACCAAAGACGAAAAUGAGGUAACAAAUAUUAAAAAAGAAAAGGAUAUAAGUGAUAUAUAUAACAAUAUAUUCAAAACUGUAUAUGAUAAAAUGGAAUGUAUUAUUAAGGAAAAAAUAUUGAAUAAAGAUGGAAAGGAGACAUUAAAUGAAAAAAAAGUGGUUGAUCCAAAUAUUAUUCAUAAUAAUAAUGAGGAAGAAAAUGCUCAUAAUGUAAAUGCGAAUGGGGAAACAAAUGAAGGUUUAAGUAAUAAUAAUGUUGAAAAUAAGGAUUGUAAAAGAAGUGAUGAUAAUGAUGUUACUAGUAAUAGUGAUAUUAAUAAAAACAUUGUUCAGAAAGAAAAUAAUGUGUCUAUGUUAUAUGAUUUAUAUGAUGUAUUAAAGGAUAAUUUUGAUAUUGACAUUGAAUCAUACGUAUUAUAUAAUAGAUCUAAUAUUAAUGAAAAUAGUGAAUUGUUUGAAAGUUUAUCUUUAUAUCUAUCUUCAUUAGAAGAUAUAUAUUAUUAUAGAAAUAUUAGAAGUUUAUUAAUUAAACAAUUGUUUGACGAUAUAGGACAGUAUGCUAAUAAUUUAAAAAAGUUUGUUAAUGAUGAUAAUGUUUUACUAAUGGAUGAAACUGAUGUUAAUGAUUAUGUAGAUAAUAAAUAUUACUUUUGUUCUAUUUGUGGUCUUUGUGAUUCUUGCAAUUGUGGUAAGCGAGUCUUAUCAUAUAAAAAUAGUUGGAUUGAAAAAUUUAAUAAUAAUGGCUUUACAUUUAUUGGAAUAGAUAACCAGUCUCAUGGUUUAUCAGAUGGAGCUCGAAACCAACGAUGUUUUGUUGAAAAUUUUGAGAAUUUUGUUUUAGAUACUGUUCAAGCGUUAGAAAUAUUUAUAAAUGAAUACAAAGAGAAAAAUGAAUUAAAGCCUAUAAUAAUUUUGGGAACAUCAAUGGGUGGAUGUAUAGCUUUAAGAACUAUUGAAGCUAUAUAUAAAUAUAAUAAGGAAUGGAAAGAUAAUAUUAAAGGUUUAGCUCUUAUUUCACCUAUGAUAAGUAUUGAGAAUCAUAAGCGUAAAUUAAUUAAUAGAAUAUUAUAUAGGAUAUGUAGAUAUGUUAAAAAAUAUAUACCACUUUAUGAAAUGGAUCUUUUAUAUGAGAAACAUAAAUAUCCCUGGAUUAAAGGUGACACAGACAUUGAUCCUAAUCAUUAUUCUGACGGUGUGAAACUUGGAGCAGCUACAGAAUGUGUAUUAGCAGCUGAUAAAUGUUUAAUUCCUGAAAUAUUAAAAUAUAUAGAAGAGAGUGAUAUGGACAUUUUUGUUCUUCAGUCGAAAUAUGAUAAUACUGUUGAUCCUACAGGUCCUGUUGAUUUCGUUAAAAAAAUGGUAGAAUUGUACAACAAAAACGAUGAUGAAAAUUCUAAUGCUAAAGGGGAUGAUAAUGAAAAUGAAACUGAAGUAUUAAAAUCUCUUACUGCAUCGGACGACACUAAUAAUGAUAAAGAGAAAAAAGAUAUAUCAUUAAGAGAUGAAAACAUAUCUAAUGCUGAUGACAUUCAAAAUGAUAUAACUGGAUCAUGUCAAAAUAUAGAGAAUUAUGUACAUUUAUCUGGAAAUGAUUUGACAGAACAACAAAAAUUAUGGUAUUCAUGUGAUCAUGGAUAUUAUAAAAACUUUUUAACGAAAAGAUUGGGUAAAACCAAUGAUUUAAAUACGAAAAAUGGUGAAGAUUCUUUUAAACGUUUAAGUGCUCAUAUAUUGAAUUAUGGUUCCCACAGAUUAGCUUGCGAACCCGAUACAGAACGAAGUGUUAAAAUUUUAAUUGAUUGGCUAAAUAAUAUAUUUGUAUAA